AUGGCAUUUGCUACUCCGACAGUACCUCAAAAGGAGCAGUUGUGGCCAUGGACCACACAGGUUAGUUCUUGGCUUGGCUCAUUCAAUGGCCACAAAUUGUGGGCCAGUUUAUGUGGGUGCGUCAAUGUCACACGCCAUAAUGACAAUGCUAAGCGCCUCCAAACACGCAAUUACAACCAUCAGAGAAGAUUAAACCUAGUCCCACUCAUGAGACCAAUGAAUCAUUGGCGUAAAGCAUAUAAGAUUGCAUAG